GCAGCGGUCAAUGAAUCGUGCGUUUUCAUCAGUAUUGCUUGUAAGUUACCCACAUAAAGAGAAUUUAACGUGUGCGCAGAUGCAUUUAAAAAAGAUACAAUUUUGAAAGUAGGUGACAGAACACAAAACCCAGCAGUAAGAACCUAGUCCAAAUUAUUCCAUAAUAAAAACACGCCCAUUCCUCAAGCUGUCUGGAGACGUGGCCCCUCCACUGGACACACUGCGCAGGUAAUGGAGAGGAUCCCUUUAAGUAUGGGCAGCUUGCGAACCCUGCCGUGGUACGUGGCUGGUUCUCAGGUGGUAGGGGUGGCAUGCGUGGUAAUCACAGGUGUGUGGAUGGGACAUUACCGUGGAGGCUACGCCUGGGAUGGCUCAUUAAAUGAGUUCAACGUCCACCCUCUCUGCAUGGUCCUCGGCCUGGUCUUCCUGUAUGGAGAUGCUGUCCUGGUUUAUCGCGUCUUCAGAAAUGAGAGUAAACGUUCUGUGAAAAUUCUUCAUGCUCUGCUGCAUAUGAUGGCCCUUAUCAUCAGUAUUGUGGGUUUAGUGGCUGUAUUUGACUUCCAUUCAACGGCUAAGAUUCCCGACAUGUACUCUCUUCACAGCUGGUGUGGCAUGCUCACUUUUGUUCUGUUUUUCCUGCAGUGGUUGCUGGGACUGGGGUUUUUCCUGUUCCCCUGGGCAUCUGCUCAGUUGAGGAGUUGGUAUCUCCCACUCCACAUCUUCUUUGGCCUAUUGUUGCUGGCCAUGUCUGUGGGAACCUGUUUGCUGGGCAUUACAGAGAAACUGCUCUUCAGUAUCAUGCCGACCUACUCCAAGUUUGCCGCUGAGGGGGUUCUAGCAAACAUCUUGGGUUUGCUGCUUGUGUGCUUUGGGUUUGUGGUGGGCUACGUGGUGACGAGAGAAGAUUUCAGGCGGCCACCAAAUCCAGAAGAGGAGGCUCUGUCCGUGCACUUUAAGACCCUGUCAGAAGGGGAAAUUUCCAGCUCUCCUUAAGGUCUGAAUAUACAUGCCAAAAUCUGCCUUUAAACAUCUGUAGCUGCCUUCCUAGUUGUGUCUGUGCCAACCUGUCAACAAGUUCUUCUGUUUGUGAUUCCUGGCUGUUAUAUGGUAACAGCUGAUGGUAUCAGAAGAGUUACAAAAUAUAUAUUUUUUGGAUUGGCAGUGACUUUAACAAGUGUUUGUGUUGGACACCCCCUUGUGUCAUAUGGAAGUUAUAGCAGGAUUAAGCCAGAGCAUCUUCCUGCGUUUUAUCUUCCUGCAGUUAAAUUGCUACCUUACAAAAUAAAUAAACUUUUUUUUUGUUUUACUGUUAUGUUAUCUCAUAUAUAUAUAUAUACAGUGUUGGGGAGUAACGGAAUACAUGUAACGGGAUUACGUAUUUAAAAUACAAAAUAUAAGUAACUGUAUUCCACUACAGUUACAAUUUAAAUAAUUGGUAAUUAGAAUACAGUUACAUUCAAAAAGUAUUUUGAUUACUGAAGAGAUUACUUUGCAUUUUAUUGUCAUUUAUUUAAUUUAAUAUUUAGUCCUUUCAGAUGGAAAACAUUUAUACAUAUAAAUGAUGUGAUCCAAAGUGCAUUUCAACAGCGGUGAAACACUUUCUUAUGAUGUGUUACAUUCAUACGAGCAGACAAAGUAUGUAGUAAGUUUGGAGCAGAAGAAAUAGAAAUAAACCUUGUGUAAAUUGUCAGCUUUACGCUAAGCAAAAAUGCUAUUUCUAGCCAUUUUACAUGCACAUGUUACCAGGUAUGAUCAUAUUUUUUUUAUCAAGAAAAUUCACGAUGGAUCAUAAUUUCUUUUUUUCUAUUAAGACCUUUGAUAUUAGGGCAAAAAUCGUAUUCUUGAUGAUAAUUUUUGUAUUGUUUUCCUGUAAAAAUAUCUAAAAAUCCUUAAAACAAGAUCAAUUAGAUUUAUCUUGUUUUAGAAACAACACUGCAUAAGAUAUUUAGGUUUUGCAGAGAAUGUAUUUUCAACAUGUGUAUUUUGUCUUAAUGUACUGGCAGAGUUUUUAUAGUCAAAACAAGUGAAUAAAUCUAACAGUGCUGAAAAAGUAAUCCAAUUUAGAAUACGUUACUGACCUUGAGUAAUCUAAAGGAAUACAUUACAAAUUACAUUUUACAACAUGUAUUCUGUAAUCUGUAGUGGAAUACAUUUCAAAAGUAACCCUCCCAACCCUGUAUGUAUAUAUGUAUGUAUGUAUGUAUAUAUAUAUAAUAUAUAUACACACACACACACACACAGUUGUGCUCAAAAGUUUGCAUAC